AGAUAAGCCAUUUUCAAUGUUUUAAGCCAUGGGGUCGCGCUCGCGCUUUUAGAUGUAGAUGUAAAGGCCCGGCGCUCCCAAGCCCCCCCGCUCUCGAAAGUUCGUCGACCCUCUUCGCUCUUCCAUAACAAAUCAACUAGUUCCACAUUUUCAGGAUGGAGCCGGAAAAAGCUCACUCCGAAAACCAACAUCCAUCUGCCACAGUCAAUCCAGCAAUGACUUCAUGCCGAAAGAAGAAAUCAGAGGAUGCCACUUUUUUGCAAGAUCUGAGAGAUCAUAUUGAUGAGUUUAUUCAUGCUUCCAUGGAUGAGCACAAAACCUGCUUUAAGAAGACCGUUCAAAAGAUGUUUGGAAUGUCCAAAGUUGUUGCAGAAAGGACUGCAGAAGCUAAAGAAGUCGAAAGUUUUUUGCCCCUUCAGACAACCGUGUCGCAAUAAGAAUCUGGAAGCUCUGGAAGUUGUUUACGUCUGAUAUCUUGUUUCUCUAUAUCCAACUGCUAGGGUGAUGACAUUCUCAAAGUACUAGUAGAUUCAGGCAACUUGCUUCCAUGCUUUGUUGAAUAUUACCAGAUGACAGUUUGUUUUCCUUGUUCCUACUCACUGCCAAGUUCCAAUUUAGAUACUUUUCCUUGGUAUAUAGCUAUGGGUAUAUGAUGUAACGUUGAUUACUUUGCCAUUGUUGUGCUGGCC